CCAAAACGACACUGCUGUUUAAAAGAAAAUUACGAUACGUAAUGAGUAAUAAUGAGAUAUGGGUAAUGACAUGUCCACUGAAGGGCCAGUCCUCCAUACCCUGUGUGUUUUAACUCCUCAAAGUCUGUCCAAACAACCAAAAAAUAACACGGGGGGUGAUCCCAGUCCCACUGCCCCCUCUCCUGCUCUGCUUUCCCUUUCUCUCCUUCUGGGAAAAGUUUGAGGGGUGAAGGAUCGAGGGAAGAGAAGAGGAGAAGAAGGACAGAUACACUGAUGCUGAAGCCACAGAAGACCCAGCCGAGAUGAAUAGCUCUGCCCCCUACAACCUGACAGAGACCCUGCUCUCCAACAUCACCUGCUCCCCCAGCCCCGCCACGCCCUCGGCUCCGCCCGCCCUGCCCGGCCCCCUCCUCUCCAUCAUCAUCGUGCUGUGCCUCUUCCUCCUGUUCGCCGGCUGUGCCACCUUCAUGGCGGUGUGCAGGCCCUCGGCGCGGGGCGGGGGCCCCCAGGGGGGCUGUGGGGCCGGGACCCCCGCCCUGUCCAGCGAGCCCCAGCUGAGGCUGUGGAAACGUCUGGGCUCCGUGCGACGCUCCUUCUCGUCCUCCUUCAGACGCCCGCCCCCCCGCAGGGCCGAGAGAGACGGCCCCCCCGCCAGCCCCCUCCCUCCGCACCUCACCGUGCCCUGCCUGUUCGACCACGCCACCGAGAUCUGACCGCCCGCAACCACCACGCCACCGAGAUCUGACCGCCCGCAACCACCACGCCACCGAGAUCUGACCGCCCGCAACCACCACGCCACCGAGAUCUGAGUCUGACCGCAGACUGUCUCUAUGACCAUGCCACCAAGAUCUGACCACUCUCAAUCACUAACUGAGGAAUAACUAUGUAAAUGAAUUUGUCAUCCAAUAAAAGACACAUACCCUGUGAA